AGAAGGAGGAGUGGGACCAGUGGUCCCAGGGAGCAGAGGUCAGACGCCAGACGCCCGGAAAGAGGGCGCGGUCCCGGCGGAGGAGCCCGCGCCUCUACUAUCACCCGGGCGGCGGACCCCAGUCACAGCUGCGAGCCAUCCGGGCGCGGGAAGCACGCACAAGGGCGCUCCCGCCGCAGGCCACCAGAGGGCGCGUGCGGGGCCGGCGGAGGGAGGAGGGGAGCCGGCGGAGAAGGGUCAGCCGCGGCGGCAGGGGCGGCGACGGCAGCGGCGCAGCUCCGCUCCCCGCGCGUCUCCCGUCCCCGCGCCCGGACAGGGCGCGCAGCUCUGCUGCCGGGAUGCGACCGCCCGCCCGCCGCGGCCGCCGCCUGGCGCUCCCGGCACUGCUGGCGUUGUUCACCUGCUCCUUGGCUUUUGCUUUGGUUUCUGAAGAUAUGAAGAAAGAGGUCAAACAAUCUAAGAAUUUGGAGAAAAGUAAUAUAUCAAAGAAAACUGACAUAGAUUUAAAAGAAAUUGUAUUUGUCAUCCAGAGUCAAAGUAAUUCUUUUCAUGCAAAGAAAGCUGAACAGUUAAAAAAAAGCAUCUUAAAGCAAGCUGCAGACCUUACACAGGAAUUGCCCAGAGUUCUCCUCCUCCACCAGCUGGCCCAGCAGGAAGGCGCGUGGACCAUUCUGCCGCUGUUACCGCACUUUUCUGUGACGUAUAGCAGAAAUUCGUCAUGGAUUUUCUUCUGUGACGAAGAGACAAGAAUACAAAUGCCACAGCUCUUGGAAACACUCAGAAGCUAUGACCCAUCAAAGGAGUGGUUUUUAGGAAAAGCAUUACAUGAUGAAGAAUCUACAAUAAUUCACCAUUAUGCCUUUUCCGAAAAUCCUACAGUUUUUAAAUAUCCAGACUUUGCUGCUGGCUGGGCCCUUAGUAUGCCACUUGUAAACAAGCUUACCAAGAGGUUAAAGAGUGAGCCUCUGAAAUCCGACUUCACGAUAGACUUGAAACAUGAGAUCGCGCUCUACGUCUGGGACGGCGGCCGCGGCCCGGCCCUCACCCCGGUGCCUGAGUUCUGUACCGACGGUGGCGACGCCUCCUGUGCGACCACAUUCCGUGCCCUCCUGCCGCUUUGUGGAAAUCCAGUGAAGAAGGAGGAUAUUUUUGUUGCCGUAAAAACGUGCAAGAAAUUUCAUGGUGACAGAAUCCCCAUCGUGAAGCAGACGUGGGCGGGUCAGGCAGGUCGCAUCGAAUACUACAGCGAUUCCGAGGACAGUUCCAUCCCCACGGUGGAUCUGGGAGUUCCCAACACAGAGAGAGGCCACUGUGGAAAGACAUUUGCCAUUUUGGAGAGAUUUUUGAAUCACAGCCUUGACGGCGUAGCGUGGUUAGUCAUUGUGGAUGAUGACACAUUAAUAAGCAUCUCCAGGCUGCAGCGCCUGCUGAGCUGUUACGACGCCAGCGAGCCCCUGGUUCUGGGAGAGCGCUACGGCUACGGCCUGGGCACCGGCGGCUACAGCUACGUCACAGGAGGAGGAGGAAUGGUCUUCAGCCGAGAGGCCAUCAGGAGACUUCUCGCCAGCAAGUGUCGCUGCUACCGCAACGACGCGCCCGACGACAUGGUCCUGGGGAUGUGCUUCAGCGGCUUGGGGAUCCCGGUGACACACAGCCCUCUCUUCCAUCAGGCCCGGCCCGUGGACUACCCUCAGGACUACCUGUCCCACCAGGUCCCCAUAUCCUUCCACAAGCACUGGAACAUCGACCCCGUGCGCGUCUACUUCACCUGGCUGGCACCCCGGGAGCAAGGCGGAGCCGGGCAGGAGACGCCCAAGGGUGGGCGGGAGGAGUUGUGACCCUGCGCACGUGGGACACGUGCGUCGCGAGCUUCCUGACCUCAGGUCGAGACGAUCAUCUGGUAAUUUUUGAGUUGAAGGGAAGGAGUCGUAGGAAAAACAUUGCUUUUUCCGUGAGAAAUCACUUGCUUUUGCAUUACGCAGUUAUUGUAACACACAGUGACUCCUGUGUGUUUUUCAAGCUGUGAAACAGCAGCUUUAUUUUUGUCACAGAAAAAUAAACAGGGAACCAGAAGUCUCCUUCCUGUUCUCUCUGUUCAUUAUUGUGGAAGUUUCAGUCGAGCAUGAGGCUGGAGAGACGUGACUGUCAUUUUAUAUAUAUACACACGGAAGCAGAACAGGAGGGCUGCUGACGUGGGUAUUACAUUGGGGUGCACUUUUAAACUAGAUUAUCAAUGAUGAAAAUUAUUUCCCCGUGACGCAGCGAGAAUAUUGCUGUGUUAAGGAUCAUUGACGAAAUGUCAUAAAAGUCUAGCAAUGAAAAAAUCCCCCGCAGUCUGUAAUCAGGGUUGUUAUAUUUUAUCUAUCUUUGUGUUUGUGCCUCAUAAAAAGAGAAAAAGAAUUCUUUUGCUAGCACUUUCUGCUGCUUUAGAGGUUCAUCUGUGCUGUUUCUCCCCGAAGCCCCAUCUUUAUGACCUACUUGUAACACAGAAGUGUAGCUGCUGCAGCCAGAAAACUGUUCUCAGCAUUUAAGAAACAACCUUGCUGAAUUUUAUUCAAGGCACUGAGCUCUGUGUAGGUCUCAGGAAGUGAAUUGCUUUCACCGUGUGUUUUUCUCUUAUUUUUAUUUCUCUGUUACGUAAGGACCCUCUCCUGACUCAGCAGAGACCCCUCAGUGUACCUGGAAGCCCCAGUAGGAGGACUGCAUGGUGCCUGGGCAGUUCCCAGGGUUCUUAAAAACUGAAUUUGAAAACAGUGUUUUGAAACAGCUCUCAUGUCCAAGUCAUAUCUUUAAUAUAUAGUAAUUUUAUACAUUAUUAAUUGUAAAGAAUACUCUGUACCUUAACAUUUUAAUUAUAUAAUUCAGUUUUCUAAAGGUGUUUGCAUAAAAUUUGAUUUUGAUAUGUCUUAAACUGAUUUUGGUAAAGUACUUUCCUCUUUUUUAAAAUAAAAAUUGUUCUUCAUUAACUUGGCUUGUAUUUUUUUACAGCCAAACAGGGUUUUAAAGUCAUGCCUCCAAGAGUACCCAAGGGUUUUUUGUUUUUUUUUAAAUAAUACAGUUGUCUUGUACCUUAUAUAGGACUGAUUUCCAAAAUGAUGCCAUAGUAUCUGCCAUUUCCCAAACCAGCAAAUACCAGGACUGGAGUGUUUUCAGGGAUGACUGGAUACACGGGGGAUUCAUUCUUGUGGAAGCAGAGUUUGUGGCCCACGGACGGGCUGGGGAUGACGGGCUGGAUGGGAGGCGCGUGAGGUUUUCUAGAUGCAGCCCAGCAGCUGCCGAUGACACUGGUAUCGUCUUGAUUACUGGCAUUGUCAGUCACCUUCUUGUCACCUGGAAUAAUCUGUCCAGAGGGCCUGGCUGCCUGUCUGAUGGAGAAGAGUCUUCUGUCCUGCUCCUGCCUCCCACUGCCACACUCAGAGAUUAUUUGAGCGGCUCCUACUGGCGUCUGUGGUGAAGAUCUGCAUCAGGCUUGCCCUGUGCUGUGAUGGGCAGGGCCUUCGACGGAUGCCAGGGCACCUGCUCUGGUACCUCUGGGGUUCUGGGAGUUAUACUACAUUCACCUUUGGGAACUAUGUAAACCUAGUCACAAAUAAAAGAUCUUUGCCUA